AUGCUGAGGAAGGUGACUGCAAAAACUUUGGCAGUUGCCAGGCUUUCCGAAGUUGGACGUGAUAAUUAUGGAAUUUUCCCACUCCGUGGAAAACUUUUAAAUCCCGGUACCUACAUGAAUCAUGAUGAUCAAGAAGAAAUCACGAUAACGGAUUUUAUAAAUAGAGAGUUAAUCUUUUUCAGUCGAGCCGACAAUGAACGUUCGAUUCCAAAAGGAAUUAAAGUUUCUUCGCUAUCCGGGGCUGUUUUAGAACAAGCGGCAUAUCAUCAUAGUGAUGCAAGUCUCCAUUAUCGGAAUGGCUCACGAUUUUGUCGGUUCAAACAACCUAGCGCUCGUUAUAUCAGCGUCACUAUCCCCGACAUAACACGAAAGAUCUUCAACCCACAAGAUGACUCGUUACUAUCAUAUCGUAAUGAUGAUGGUCAGUUGGUUGAACCAGAAUG